AUGCUUCGUCAAUUAUUCCCAAGAGGGGCAGCUUUUGCAAAACCAAGCUCCAGAGUGUUGAGACGGUGGGAUGGCUCAUCGAGAUUAUACAGCAUACAAGCGGAAGCUGCAACGACGACAAAGCUACAGGAUAUCGACCCUUCAAAAUUAACUAUAACCAAAAACAUCACUCCUAAUCAUAUGCUUAGCAUUGAAUGGACAGCUUCUGAAGGAUGGUUACCAGCACGCAUAACGCCUUACCAAAACCUCUCUCUCGAUCCCGCAUCUUGCGUUUUCCACUAUGCGUUUGAAUGUUUUGAGGGAAUGAAGGCAUACAAGGAUAAAGAUGGAAAAGUAAGGUUAUUUAGACCUACUAAGAAUAUGGAACGAAUGAACAAGUCUUCGGCUCGAAUUGCUAUGCCGACAUUCGAUCAACCGGCUAUGAUUGAGUUGAUUUCGAAAUUCGCGGCUAUGGAACAACGAUUCAUCCCGGAUGCUAGAGGUUAUUCAUUAUACCUGAGACCUACUAUGAUUGGGACACAAAGGACAUUGGGUGUUGGACCACCAGGAUCUGCGUUACUAUAUGUUAUUGCUUCCCCAGUCGGACCAUAUUAUCCUACUGGGUUCAAGGCCGUAUCUUUAGAGGCAACAGAUUAUGCAGUACGAGCAUGGCCAGGAGGAGUUGGAGACAAAAAAUUGGGUGCAAACUAUGCUCCAUGUAUAUUGCCACAAUUAGAGGCCGCCAAAAGGGGAUUUCACCAAAACUUAUGGUUGUUCGGUGAGGAGGAAUUUGUGACCGAGGUUGGAACCAUGAAUAUGUUUGUGGCUCUCAAGAAUAAGGAUGGUCAGAAGGAAUUGAUUACCGCUCCAUUAGACGGUACCAUUCUUGAAGGUGUCACAAGAGACUCUGUUCUAUCAUUAGCUCGCGAGAAACUUACCAAGGAGGGAUGGCUCAUUUCCGAGCGCAAAUACACAAUGGGAGAAUUAUCAGAUGCAUCGAAGGAAGGAAGGUUAUUAGAGGCAUUCGGAACAGGUACAGCAGCAGUAGUCAGUCCAGUGAGGAAUAUCUCAUGGAAGGGCAACUUGGUCGAGUGUGGGUUACAACCAGGCCAAGAAGCUGGUGAGAUUGCACUGAGGAUGAAGGAAUGGAUCGAGGCGAGACAAUAUGGUGAUGAAGAACAUGAGUGGAGUUAUGUUGUACCUAAUUAG